AGCAUGAGAGAACAUGAUAGAGCAACCAUACAUGAAGCAAUGGAACAGCAAACUAUAAGUGUUGCCAAGGCUGGUCUUGUGACAACUCUAAGUACAAGGACCAUCGUUUUUGGCGCAACAAAUCCAAAGGGACAUUAUGAUCCUGAUCAAUCUCUAUCUGUCAAUACUGCACUCUCUGGUCCCUUAUUGAGUAGAUUUGAUAUAGUCCUUGUCCUUAUAGAUACAAAAAAUCCUGAAUGGGAUGAGGUUGUGUCAUCUCACAUUCUUUUUGAGGUAUUCCACUCAUUAAUACCACCCUCUACAUUGUGA